AUGAAGGGUGAUGAGAGAUCAUGCUCAUUCACAAUUGGCAAUACUGCCCAAGAGAAGGGAUUGUCAUAUUUGCCUGAUUGUUAUGUAAUUCCAUCUUCAGAACGAUCGAGUUUGACUCCUGAGACUGCCAUUAUACCUGUUAUUGACAUUGCCGAAUUGAUACAGGAUGCUGUCUGAAGGGCUUGCGUCGUCAAAGAAAUUGCAAAUGCUUGCCGUCAUGUCGGUUUCUUUCAGAUUGUAAAUCAUGGAAUUUGCCAAUUGACGCUGGAUGAAGCUCCAUCCGUAGCGACGGAUUAUUUUGAAUUACCGACAGAAGAGAAAAUGAAGUUGAUGUCUAAUGAUGUGUAUAAGCCAGGAAGGUAUGGAACAAGCAUUAAGGACGGAAAUGACAAAUUCCAAUUUUGGAGGGUCUUCCUCAAGCAUUAUGCAUAUCCUCUUUCUGACUGGAUUCAUUUAUGGCCCAACAAUCCAUCGCAUUAUAGGGAAAAAAUGGGAAAAUAUUGUACAGAAGUGAGAAAGCUAGCCCUAGAAAUAACAGAAGCCAUUACAGAAAGCCUUGGGCUAGGCCCAACUCACAUCACCAACAAAAUGGAAGGAGGAGUACAAGUAAUAACAGUACAUUGCUACCCACCAUGUCCAAGCCCACAUAUGGCACUUGGGUUGCCACCUCAUUCAGACUACAGUGUUCUAACCAUUGUUCUUCAAAGUUCACCUGGCUUGGAAAUAAUGGACGCAAGGGAUGACAAAUGGAAAGUAAUACCAGAACGUCAUGGCGUUCUUCAGGUCCAUGUCGGAGACCAUCUUGAGGUGCUAAGCAAUGGCCUUUAUAAAAGUGUUUUGCAUAGAGCUACACUUAACUUUGAAAGAACAAGAAUGUCAAUUGCUAGCUUACACAGUCUGGGCAUGGAUCAGAAAAUGGAACCUGCAAAAGAGCUUGUGGAUGAACAAAAUCCUAAGGGAUAUAAAGAAAGUAGUUUUAGAGAUUUCUUAAAGUUUCUUUCCAGUAAUGACAUUGCACAAGGGAAGGCUUUCAAAAAUACACUGAAGAUCAUCAAGACUUAG